ACUACAUGCAGGCUCACUCGCAUGCACAAAAUAUUUAUAUUACAUCAUCAGAUAAUUUAAAUCAAGAAUUUAGAACGUUACAGUCUAAUAGUUAUGAUGCUAUUACUCAAGAAACAUUCUUCUCUCCUCAAUCAGAUUUAAAUUUUGACUAUACUGAAUUUAUAAAUAAUCAAGAUACCACGAACAUUAAUUCUAUCGAUAACACGUCACUUUUAUCCUAUAAUAAUUUUUUAUUCCCUAAAAAUAAUCGUGUGGCAGAAUCAUUUCUUUCUACUGGCUCUCUUAAUUCAGACGAUUAUUAUGUUCAUGAUCAAUGCAAUGGAAUGCAGCUAUUCUAUAUAGACUCUAUACAAAAUAAUUCUCCUGCACAAAACAUUCAUGUCAUAUCAUCGGAAUAUUUUAAUAAUUCGAAUCAAAAUCAACAACAUCAUAAUGAUGAUAAUGCUGAUGCUAUUAUCCAAGAAACAUUCCUUCCUUCUCGAGCUGCUAUAG